AUGGUUUUAUUUUUCCUCGACGUGAAAGAUUACAGUGGUUUAGUGAACAAAGCAGCACGUCUGCAUGCACAUCUGCCCCCAGGUGCUUCACUUACUACUCGCACUUUCUACGAGUGUCAUUUGUAUACCCCCAUUGAAGCUGUGGGCCAUAACCAACUGAUGCAUCACCUAAUCGUAUCUUCUCCCUUGGAUGACAAUGAGGGGUCACAUCGGCUCCUCAUUGUUCAUAUCCCACGCGUACGCUUUCCAGAACAUUUGAACCGGUGCCAUUUCAUUCAGGCUUUAUUUGGAUGUAGAACACCAGGUGUGGAGGUUGAACUAUGCGGGAUGCGUCUCGUGUACAAGGAAGAUUUGAAAGGGUUGAUCGAAACAAUUACCCGUUGCACCAAUGAUCGGCCUGCUUACUACGGAACUGGUGAUUUUACCGAUACCAAGAAAUAUAAGGGAAUUAGUUUGGGAGCUACAAGUUUGCUAACGAAUCUGCUAGAAGCAGCCAAAUCCAGCGAGCACAGCUCUGUAACCGAAGUUUGUCCUCCUUUCAUGCCUUUCGAUUUCCGACCAGAAUAG